UCCUGGGGCCGAGAUUUCACAUCGGAAACAAAACAGCCACUGCUCGCGGAGGGACCUCGGCUACGGGCCGUCGUGGGCGGCGGCGGAGAGGACGCAGUAGGAUUUGACCAACUCUGGGUGACCUGGUAAAAUCCUGUUCCAGACCAUAUCCAGAAGUUUGCAAGUGACAGCAGCCUGUGAGGUCCUUAGAAAGCUUGGCCUGGAGGAGAACACAUGAAAGAAAGAACCCCAAGAGGCUUUACUUUCUGUGAAAAGGUAUUUCUGUACAGUUGCUCCAAUGACAGAGUUGCCUGCACCCUUGUCCUACUUCCAGAAUGCACAGAUGUCUGAGGACAACCACCUGAGCAAUAUUGUACGUAGCCAGAAUGAUGGUAGAGAACGGCAUGAGCACAGCAGCGAAAGGCGCAGGCGGGGCAACCCUGAGCCGUUAUCUAAUGGAGGACCCCAGGGUAACACACUGCAGGUGGUGGAACAAGAAGAAGAAGAAGAUGAGGAGCUGACACUGAAAUACGGCGCCAAACAUGUGAUCAUGCUCUUUGUCCCCGUGACUCUCUGUAUGGUGGUAGUGGUGGCAACUAUCAAAUCAGUCAGCUUUUAUACCCGGAAGGAUGGGCAGUUAAUCUAUACUCCAUUCACAGAAGACACCGAGACUGUGGGCCAGAGAGCCCUGCACUCCAUUCUAAAUGCUGCUAUCAUGAUCAGUGUCAUUGUUGUCAUGACUAUUCUCCUGGUGGCUCUAUACAAAUACAGGUGCUAUAAGGUCAUCCAUGCCUGGCUUAUUAUUUCAUCUCUGUUGUUGCUGUUCUUUUUCUCAUUCAUUUAUUUGGGGGAAGUGUUUAAAACCUAUAAUGUUGCUGUGGACUACAUUACUAUUGCACUCCUGAUCUGGAAUUUUGGUGUGGUGGGAAUGAUUGCCAUUCAUUGGAAAGGUCCACUGCGACUCCAGCAGGCAUAUCUCAUUAUGAUCAGUGCCCUCAUGGCCUUGGUAUUUAUCAAGUACCUCCCAGAAUGGACUGCGUGGCUCAUCUUGGCUGUGAUUUCAGUAUAUGAUUUAGUGGCUGUUUUGUGUCCAAAAGGCCCACUUCGUAUGCUGGUUGAAACAGCUCAGGAGAGAAAUGAAACUCUCUUUCCAGCUCUCAUUUACUCCUCAACAAUGGUGUGGUUAGUGAAUAUGGCCAAAGGAGACCCAGAAGCCCAAAGGAAGGUAUCCAAAAACUCCAAUUAUAAUGCACAAAGCACAGGGAGUGAGUCACAAGACCCUGUGACAGAGAGUGAUGAUGGUGGCUUCAGUGAAGAGUGGGAAGCCCAGAGGGACAAUCGCCUGGGACCUCAUCACUCUACAACUGAGUCGAGAACUGCUGUACAGGAAAUUUCCAGCAGCAUCCUAGCCAGUGAGGACCCAGAGGAAAGGGGAGUAAAACUUGGAUUAGGAGAUUUCAUUUUCUAUAGUGUUCUGGUUGGUAAAGCUUCCGCAACAGCCAGUGGAGAUUGGAACACAACCAUAGCCUGUUUUGUAGCCAUAUUAAUUGGUUUGUGCCUUACAUUAUUACUCCUCGCGAUUUUCAAGAAAGCAUUACCAGCUCUUCCCAUCUCUAUCACCUUUGGGCUUGUAUUCUACUUUGCCACGGAUUAUCUUGUGCAGCCCUUUAUGGAACAAUUAGCAUUCCAUCAAUUUUAUAUUUAGCAGACUUGUGAUUAGACUCCCAUGGAUUUUUCUCCUUUGACUAUAAUAAAAUCUGGGAAGGACAAAGGUGAUUUUCCUGUGUCCACAUCUAACAAAGUCAAGAUUCCCAGCCGGACUUUUUGCCGCUUCCUUCCACGUCUUCCUGACCACCUGCACUAUUGGGCAUUGGAAGGAGGUGUCUACAGAAAUGGUUUGAACAUACGUCACUGUGCUGAACUGAGUCCCUUGUUGCAAAAGCUACCAGAUUUUAAGGGACAAGGACAGGAAAGGUGAUGGCCAAGAAGUUGUCCUCCCACCAGCAGCUUGAUCCUUGGUCAGAGGUGGAUUUUACCAACACCGCAGACUCUCGGGAUUGCCAUUAUCAGGAGGUUAAAUGAAGUGGUUUAAACCAAACAGGACUCAUCUUAAACAACAUGUUGAAAACCUAAUCAGUCUGUAUUGAACUCAACCUUUUCAGGAGGUACUGUGAGGAGAGCAGGUACCAGCAGCAAAAUGGAAAGGUGGAAAGGUCAGACUCACUCUCAGACUUUUUUGCUGCAGACUUAUUUUUAAAUAAGACUUUUUUUUCACCUUGAGUCAAGUCAUAUGUAGAAGUUGAUUUUGACAAUUUUUAUUUUCAAGCACUGAAACUCAUUACCCUCUAUGGUUGCCAUUUCUUCCUGAGGCCAGUAUGAAUUUAUUUGAGGUUGCUUUGUCUUAAAAGCCUUAACCUCAGGUUCCAAAUUCAGUAAUUUCUGGAAAUAAUGGAACUAUAUAACUCAACAAUUCUCUGUCACCCUUAGGUAAAUUCUGGUUUUACCCCCAAAUUUCUAAUUUUUAGACAUACUUGUAGGUUUGCUUGCCCUCGAUGCCUUCUUUGUUCCCCAUAUCUCCCUUCACUCCCCCCAUAAACGGUUCUUUCAUAAGACAGCUCUGUUGUGGUAGCAGAUGAUCCCAUUAUUCUAGGAUUUUACUUUGUGUGGUGCAAAGAAUGUGUUAUGAAUCAGUGCUAUCAGCCUUGCUGUCAUAAUUUCUUCAAUAGCAAAUACAAUGUGUGCCCAAAGACAGUAGCGUUAAAGAAGAGUAAAAUGGCUGGUGAAGCACUC